GCCUCUGAAUGGAAAGUGAUAAAAACGUCCCGUCUUCAGGAAAUACAGUAAUCCAGUCCAAUAAACAGAGUAACAGCUGUGACUGCUCCACUUAAACACAUUUUUGAUCCAAUUUAUCACACUGUACAGGAAAGGGCAAAUUUACAGCACAAAACUAUGCAAAGUAAAUGCAAGUUAUAUUGGCACAUGAAUUUAUUGGAAUUGGUUUAAAAUUUCAUUAAAGUAAAGGGGAAAUUUAUGCUUGGUAAUUUAAGAUUCACUGUUUUUUGUUUUACUACCUACUACAAAUUAUUGAGGAGAAAAGUCAGUUUCAAACAGACAAAAUCUAUUUGCACGUCAAGUAUAAACUAUAAAAACAUUUUAAAUCAUCAGAAAUCCCAUAAGUGCUUACAUGACCCUCUCAAUAUGGCGGACAUGUUAGCGCCUCGCUGAUGCCCUGUGUGGGCGGGACUUCCGGGUGUUCUACUCCGUGAUUGGCGGGUCCAGCCUCUGGCCCCAGUGCGCAGACUCGUGCUUCUCUCCGGUACAAUGGCGGCAGUCGGAGCGCCGUCCUUCGCGUUUUGUCGGGUUUCUGUCCACGGAGCAGCAGCGGGAGAGUUAAUGAAGCUUAGAGACAGAAACAGCAGCAGUUGGUGAACUCUGGAAAGAAGAGAAACGGUUCGAGGCUGAGCUGGAGCUGCUCAGUAACUGUUAAAGGAAAGUUUGGAGAGAGAAAAGCUAGCAGAGAUGUGGAGACAGCAGGUCAAACAGCGGCUGGAUGCAGCAGAUGUUCAUCAGGUUCUGCUGGUUAAAGAAGAACCGAGUCCUGAUCUGGACCAGAACCACCCAGAGCCCGUCCACAUGAAGGAGGAAGAGGAGGAAGAGGAGGAGCCCUGGAGCAGCCAGCAGGGGGAGCCGCUCAGCGUGAAGGAGGAGGCUGAUGCCUCCAGGUCUCCAGUCAUUGCUGUUCUCAUAAAGAGUGAAGAUGAUGAAGASGAACCUCUGAUCUCUGAUCUUCGUCAAACAGAAGAUGGAGAACUGCCAAGCAGCAGCUCAGCUCAGCAGAUGAAGACAGAAGAGGGCUGCGGAGGAGCAGAAUGCACCAAAAAUCCUGAUCAAAACCCUCAUGGAGAUGCUUCCAGCUCUUCAGAGACGGAGAUCAGUGAUGAUGACGAUGAGGUGAACCAUCCUGGGUCAGAAGAUGAAGGCAAUGAGAAUGACUGCAAAGGCUUCAGAGAGAAUACAAACAUGGACCAGGAGAGGGAAGUCCAGACAGAUCAGAGAUGUUUUAAAUGUACCGAGUGUGGUCAGAGUUUUACCAAGAAAAAACAUCUCAAAGUUCAUCUGAAAGUUCAUACUUUGGAGAAACCAUUUGGCUGUGAGGUUUGUGGACAAAGAUUUGAUGAAAAGUCCUAUUUAGACCAACACAUCAUACUCCACUCAGUAGAAAAAACUUUUGUUUGUAACGUCUGCAGACAAACGUUCAGUCAAAAAACACAUUUAAGCAGACAUAUGAAAAUCCACAGCGGGGAGAAACCGUUUGGCUGUGAUGUUUGUGGACAAAGUUUUAACAGGAAAUCCCAUUUAAACAGACACCUGAAAAUUCACACAGGGGAGAAACCUUUUGGGUGUGACAUUUGUGGACAAAGAUUUCAUGAAAAGGCCUAUUUAGACAGACACAUCAAAAUCCACUCAGGAGAAAAACCAUUUGCUUGUGAUGUCUGCAGACAAAGAUUUAGUAGAAAGGCACAUUUAGACCGACACAUGGGCAGCCACGCUGAUGAGAAACCUUUUGGUUGUGACGUUUGUAGACAAAGAUUUACCCACAAAUCUGCUUUAAACAGACACAUGAUUAUUCACACAGGAGACAAACCUUUUAGCUGUGAAAUUUGUGGCCAAAGAUUUAACCAAAAGUCAGUUUUAAUGACGCAUGUAAGGAUCCACACAGGAGACAAACCCUACGCCUGUGAUUUUUGUGGACUAAGAUUUAACCAAAAGUCAAAUUUAAACAGCCACAUAAAAAUCCACACAGGAUACAGACCGUUCAGUUGUGAUGUUUGUGGACAAAAAUUUAACCGAAAAGGAAAUCUAAACAUGCACAUGAGAACCCACGCAGCAGGGAAGAAUCUUUAGCUACUCCCAUGGUCGAUGAAGAAACGCGGGCACUGCUAAUUAAAUGGGUCUUUACUCCAGAACCUUUUUAGCUUCUUUUGUUCAUAAAAAACAUAUUUGGUUUCAGAAACAUUUAAUCACGAGCAGAACAGACAAUAAUCAGUUGCUUUUAUCACAUUGUUGAGAAAAGUGCUGAUGCAUCAGCCGUCUUCACUGCAGCAAAGACUCAGCUGAAUUUUAAACAUGCUUAUCUUUGGUCGGCACAGCCCAUUGUAACCAGCAGCGCCCCCUACGGUCUGAAAAAGGGAGCCAAUGGUGAUCUGUGGACUUUAGCUGGAGCUAACGCCAUAGCUGGAGCUAACAGUAUUUUACUGUAUCGUCUUUAUAUCUGAAAUAAGUAUUUUAUUCAGAUAAAGUCUGUUGUUGCAACUAAUCAUGGAUCCUUUUAAAAGUUCAGAUAAAUCAAUCGCUAAAAUGAUUCUCUAAGAUUCUGGCUCAUAAAGAAGGAAAACCUCAUAUUCAGUGUGAGAAGAUUAGAAUAUUAGGAAAAGUUAAAUAUUACAUAUAUGUAAGGCAGGAACAAGUGAAGUGCGUCUUUGAGAAGAUUAUCAAGUGAAAUCCAUUCAGACCGAAUCAGAACAUCUUGACCCACAACACUCAGACGGGUCCAGAACAUGGGCUGAGGAGAACCUUCAAAGUGUGUGAGAGUCGGUCUGACCUCCAGACCGGAUCUGAGCUUCGUCUGAUGAGUGUGAGGAAGAUGUUAGCCUGCCUUCAGCUGUGGGUGGUCAUAAUGUUUCAGCUGAUUGCCGUAAAUACAUCAAUACACACAACUUUGAAAAAAUAAAUCAUCACGUUUAAACUGAAUCAAA